UUUAUAAAACUAUCCAUUUUUAAAAAUAAAAUAUGGUGGGGAUAACCUCGUGUAUGAAUAUUUCGAGUAGAGGGAAUAUAAAGGUAUAAUCUGGCAAGUCGAGAGUGUUCUUCAUGUCUCAGGAACAUUCAGACUGAUUCAGACCGAGUUUGACCGUCUUAUAGUCAAGAAACAAGUUAAAAAAUUCAAGUUUUUUAUUAUAACAACUUGUUGAUAAUUAAAAAUUGAAUUAAAAUUUAUAUGUGAAUAAAAAUAUAAUAUUAAAUAAAUUCUAAACAAAUUUAGUGAAUUAUUUUUUGAAUUAAACAAUAUUACUUACUCAAUUUAAUAAACGUCGUAUAAUUAACAUUAUUAAUUUUUUUUUUUUGUGAAAUUAAAAUUUAAUAAUUAUUGUGUUGAUAAAAGUUUACGUUUGUUUUGUUUUUUUUUAAAUUAUAAAAAAUUGAGGAGUUUAAAAAAAUGCUAGCAGCCUCAUACUGUCGUGAGGUACAUUUUGGCAACAUGUUGUCACCGAGAAUGCAAUCUCAUGUGCCACGUUGUCUGUUUGGUCCACCAAAUCCAAAAGAUACUAUUGAAUUAUUAAAAGAUACACUUGAUAUGGAGCGAAAAAAAUUUACAAAAAGAUGGGGAAUUGAUCCAUGCAAUGAGGACAAGGAAAAUUUUCAAAUUAAAGUUGAUAGAAAUGAAACGAGGUCACCAAGAAAAUCUAGGACUUCACCAUAUUCCCGUCAAACAAGCAUUCAUGAAUACUGGAGAUCCAGAAAAAACAGCGAUACAAACAAAAAGACUGUAUCAUCUGUGGAUUCUUCAAAGAAACAACAAGACAUACAGACAGGAAACUAAAUUGCAAUUGAGAAGAAAUAAAAAAUAAUAAAUAAAUAAAAAAUUACUAUUAAAGACGAAAAAAAAAUGGACAUGAAUUUUCGUCAGUGAUCGAAGAAAAAAAAAAAUACAAUUUUUAUUAUUUAUAUAUUAUUAUUUUUUAUAGUUGAAAGAUGCAUUAGACAUGCCAAUAGAUCAUAAGAUAAUUGUAUGCUAAUUUUUUUUCUUAUUAUUUUAAUUUUACAUAUAUAUAUUUUUAUUUUUUUUCUAUUAUUGUAAAUAAUAAUUUGCUGGUGAUUAGUUGAUUUAAACUAUUAACUUGAUAAUUAUUAUUUCUUUUAAAAUUAUAAUUAACGAUGAUAAAAAAAUAAAUUUUAUGUAUAUAUAUAUAUAUUUAAUUUCGAUAUUAACAAGACAAUGAAAAAUUUCUUUUGUUAAUAUCGAAAUAAUAUAACUUAAUUAAAUAUUUUCUAUAUAAUUAUUAUUUUAUAAUUUUUCACACAAUUUAUUUUAUCAAUUAAAAAUUAAGUCACAAUUUUUUUCUUUAUUUUAAAUAAUAUUAAUUAUAUUAUUUGAUAAACGAGAGAGAGCCAUCGGAAGCCUGAAACGAUUGAUUCUUACUUGUGAUGAUCAAUAAUGCAGCGCCUCCAAAGACUAAUUAACACGAUUGAUAAAACAUUGUCAUCAAUAUUAAUAAUAAUAAUCAAACGGGUACUAUAUUUGUACGUUUAUUUUUUUGCAUUUUUAUUAUUAAUAAUGUUGUAGUUUUUUUAUUAUUAUUAUUGAAAAAAAUAUUGUUUAUAGAAUUAAAUCGAAUCUAGUCAACGAGUAGUGUAAGACUUGGUAAAUUAAAUAAACUAUUAAAAACAAUUAUUUCUUCGAAAAAUAAU